CUCGGCUCCUCCCCCGCCUGGCUCCGCGGUGUCACCCCAGGUUUGUCGGUGAAGGCACUGAUGGAAAUGGGGAGCAACAGCACUGAGAAGUUUUACAGGAUCCCCGAAGGAAAGGGACCGCACUCGGUUGGAUGUACAGACCUGAUGACAGAAAAUGCAGUUGAGGGAAGCUUCUUGCGCCUGUAUUAUCCAUCAUGCGAUGCCACAGAUAACGAAGAGGCACCAUGGAUUCCAGAUAAAGAGUACUAUCAGGGACUCUCUGACUUCCUUAAUAUGUACCGAGUUGUGGGAGAAAGGCUUUUCCAGUACUAUGUUGGUUCAGUGACCUGUCCUGCAAAGUCAAAUGCUGCUUUUAAGCCAGGAGAAAAAUACCCACUCCUCAUUUUUUCCCAUGGACUUGGAGCUUUUCGGACGAUCUAUUCUGCUAUUUGCAUAGAGAUGGCUUCUCAGGGCUUUAUAGUGGCUGCUGUGGAGCACAGAGACGAAUCUGCUUCAGCAACGUAUUAUUGUAAAAAAAAGUCCAUUUCUGAACCGCCGGAAGAGUCUACAUCAAGCAUGGAGAAGGAGUGGAUCUACUACAGGAAACUAAAAACGGGAGAGGAAGAGCGCUGUUUGCGCCAUAAGCAGGUGCAGCAAAGAGCGCAGGAGUGUAUCAAAGCUCUCAAUCUCAUUCUUAAAAUCAAUUCAGGAGAGGAAGUAAUGAAUGUACUAAAUUCAAACUUUGACUGGAAUAGCCUGAAGGAUUCUGUUGAUACUAGCAGAAUAGCUGUGAUGGGACACUCUUUUGGUGGUGCUACAGUUAUUGAGAGUCUCAGCAAAGAAAUAAGAUUCAGGUGUGGCAUUGCCCUCGAUGCAUGGAUGCUUCCAGUAGGCGAUGACAUUUACCAAAACAGCGUCCAGCAACCGCUGCUUUUUAUCAACUCUGAAAAAUUCCAGUGGGCUGAUAAUAUCUUAAAGAUGAAGAAGCUCGGCUCCAACGACGCAAACAAGAAGAUGAUCACUAUCAAGGGGUCAGUGCAUCAGAGCUUUCCUGACUUUACCUUUGUGAGCGGAGAAAUCAUUGGAAGAUUUUUCAAAUUAAAAGGAGAAAUAGAUCCAAAUGAAGCUAUUGAUAUUAGCAAUCACGCUUCAUUAGCCUUCCUGCAGAAACAUUUGAGUCUUAAGAAAGAUUUCGAUAAGUGGGAUUCUCUUGUGGAUGGCAUAGGACCCAAUGUUAUUCCUGGUACCAAUAUUGACUUAUCUCCAGUUGAACCUGAAUAAGGCAUACAAAGAAGUACUGGAAACACCACGGACAUCAGGACACUAACAUUGGCCAGGCAUGUGACAGCACUGGCCACCUGCACAGCUUUUGGUGUGUGGAACAAAAAAAAAAUAAAUAAGGCAUUAGGUUACAUUAUC